CCUAUAUAAGUAUCCAUAGUAUCUGAAAUCUUGCCCAGAAAUAGAAAAAAAAAAAAAAAAAAAACAGUUCCAGUCUUCCAGAUUAAGAGAAAAUACAGAAAAAUGGCGACAGUGGGAGGCAUCACCCAGAAAGAUGGAUCCGAAAACAGUUUGGAAAUCGAAUCCCUUGCUAAAUAUGCUGUUGAUGAACACAACAAAAAAGAGAAUGCUUUGUUGGAAUUCAACAGGGUUGUUAAUACAAAGCAACAGGUAGUUGCUGGCACUAUGUACUAUAUUACUCUCGAGGCAAUCGAUGGUGACAAGAAGAAGGUUUAUGAAGCAAAAGUGUGGGUCAAGCCAUGGAUGAACUUCCAGGAAUUGCAGGAAUUCAAGUAUGUAGGCGACGUCUCUGCUGAUGGUUCCAGCUCCUAGAUCUUCUGAUGAGUAUACACAGCUGGUUUCGAGUAUAUUGCGACUGUUAAGACCUGUUUGCGUGAACUUUACCUUAGUUCAAACCGCUCUUCUUAAAUUAUGUGUAAACAUUUUAUUAGCUUUAUUUCAGUAAAUAAUGAAGAUGUAUGGAUGGAUUAGCAUUCCGAAUCCUGAUUUUAUGUCAAAUUAAUGUAAUGUAUGGGUCGAAACUCGCAAAUAUCAUGUUAAUCUUUGUUAAUCGUAUUCGAAAGCUAAAGUAUGCUCUAUCUUGUUAAGGAUUA